CUUGAGGGUUUUGACGUUGUGGGUCGCAAUCAGCUAAAGCUGUUCAUCUCGAGGACCGAAUUGUGUUCGGUUCUGGUGAACAAGGUAUCGGUAUUAACAGUAGUAAAACUUUCAUCAACUGAUGCAGCAUUUAUGUAUGUUUAUCCACAUCUCUAUUUCCCCCCCCUCUCUCUCUCAAAAAUGCAGAACAACAUCACACCCCUGCAUGUGGCUGCCAAGUGGGGUAAAGCCGAUAUGGUGAAAUUACUGAUCGACAGGGGCGCUAAUGUCAACGCCCGAACACGUGAUGACCUCACCCCGAUGCACUGUGCUUCGCGGUCCGGCAGCAUAGAUAUUGUGCAGAUCCUGUUGUCAGCUGGAGCCGACCACACCCUAAAGACACGCAACGGUCUUUCGCCCAUUCACAUGGCGGCUCAGGGCGACUACGCGAACAUUGUAAAACUGCUGCUACGGUGUGGAUCUUCGCCGGAUGAAGCCACACUGGAUUAUCUCAGGCCGAUUCACAUUGCUGCUCACUGCGGACACGUAUCAGUGGCCCAGGUUCUUCUUGAAAAUAACUGCGACGUCAAUUCCAGAGCUCUGACAUUUCGCCUUCUCUCGUCCUACUUUAACGACCGGGAAUGCCUACCCCUGCUGAACUAUGCCCUGUUGAUUUGA